AUGUCGAGUGGGAUUCUUCCCUUGCUGGCCGUCAAUGGAAAGUUUAUUUUUCGCCAGCUAUUUGAACCCAUCUCGUCUACAUUUACUUAUCUACUUGGCGACACUUCCUCGCGUCAGGCAAUCCUUAUCGAUCCUGUACUAGAAACUGCAGAACGCGAUGCAAAAUUGAUAAAGGAGCUUGAUCUGGAUCUCCGCUACGUGCUAAACACGCACGUCCACGCAGAUCACGUGACAGGUUCUGGUGCUCUGAAGAAGAUAUUUGGUCACAACUGUAAAAGUGUCAUCUCCAACGUCUCUGGAGCAAGAGCAGAUCACUACGUAAAGGCCGGCGAGGUCUUGAAGUGUGAAAACAUUCAUCUGGAAUGUCGCAGUACCCCAGGCCACACGGACGGCUGCUUCACCUACGUGCUACACAGCGCAGGAGCGGCCUUCACAGGCGAUGCCCUCCUGAUCCGCGGUUGCGGAAGGACAGAUUUUCAACAGGGCUCUCCUGAAAAACUCUACGAGUCGGUCCACUCACAGAUAUUUUCCUUGCCUGACAACUAUCUUCUUUUUCCCGCGCACGAGUACUCCGGUCGUAUGAUGACAACUGUGGCAGAAGAGAAAAAGUUCAAUGCGAGGUUAACGAAAUCAAAGGAGGAAUUUGUUGAAAUUAUGAAUAAUUUGAAUCUCGCUUAUCCGAAGCAAAUUGACCGAGCACUUCCGCUCAAUCUCAAAUGUGGUUACGAGGAUUGA